UGAUUUUCCAUUACGGGAUGUAAGCUUUUUCAGAGCGAGAAAGCAACGCUUUCCCCUGUGUUGAACUGACCAGGACUAGCAGGGUAAUUAUCAAUCCUUGCCAGCCUGUGUGGGCGUGGGGAGGGGUGAUCGGAAAAUCAGCAUUUUACCAAAACAAACACUGCUGUCUCCAUGCGAGCUUGACAACCACAUCACAAAAACAACAAACCCGUCUCGUAUUUUCUGUUAAUGUAUUCAGUGUGAAAGCAAAGUACUAAAAAGGGAGUCACCCAGAAGCUCACAUAAAGACCGAACCAGGAAAGGACCGAGUCAAACAGCCUCUCUGUUCCUGACCACCUUUAUAUUACCUGUGCAGGUUGAAGUGUGCGGCAGCGAUGUCCCAGCUAGAGUCCGCUGUGCAGUCCCUGGUGGACGUGUUCAUCAAAUAUGCAGAGCAGGAGGGCAGCAAGAACCAGCUGAGCCAGGGGGAGCUGAAGAAACUGAUCACGACUGAACUGAGCAGCGGGGCGCUGGGGAAGAAGGUCGGCCCCGAGGAGGUGGGGGAGCUGAUGGGGCAGCUGGACAAGAACCACGACGGGGAGGUGAACAUGCAGGAGUUCUGCAGGUUCAUUGGCAUCCUCGCCAAGGGGUACUACAAGAGCAAGAAGAAGGGGAGCCCCUAACUCACAGCAACUCGCACAACCACCCACCCACCCACCGACUGACUCAAACCACCCACCUUCCCACUAACCCACUCAUUUACCCUUGUGCUUCACCUCUGCCGGACCAUAAACCAGCCUCAUGCUCGAUGUAACCAGCAUACCUCCUUGCAUGCGACAGCACAGUUUUCUGUGUUUGUAAAGUUGUUGUAUAAAAUGUAAUACAAAAAUAAAACGUGGUACAAACCAA